CCCCCUACUGCGGAUCAAAUUAAGCCUGAGAAGAAGGCCAAGUGGAAGAACCGUAUACAAGAAGCGUUCGAACGGAGAUGGAUUAUCGUUUAGUGCUGAAAAUUCUCAGCUUUCUGCUGUUGGCCCACUUGGGUUUUGCCCAGCCGCAGGUGCAAUCGCCAUCGGACUAUGGUGAGGAGCAGCCCCCGGAGGGCUAUUACGCCUUCGUGGAGUCGCCCAAUGCGGUGCCGCCCAAGGUCAGGCCUCCGCCCUACACCUUUGUGAAUUCCGAGUGCAAGGAUGUGGCCGCCGGAAAGAAGUCCGCCGUCUCGGUUCACAAUAUUUGCGGGGAUCUGAACAAGGGUCAGAUACCCAAGAAUCCGCUGGGACAGAAUGUGCUCGGGGAACCCUAUCCUUUUGAACUCAUUCGCAACCAAACGCUGAAGUUCCUCUCGAAGACCUUGCCCGUUCUCAAGGCCGACGACACCCUGCCCAAGGUCACCCAGAUCAUCCGCGAUGAGCCCGUGGAGCAGCUGGACAGCAACAACAUCGACACCAACCGUCCUUAUCCAUCAGGAGGUUCCACCCGAGUGCGCCGCAGUAUUCCUGAGGGCGUGGAGUCCAACGAGUACAGCUACUUUGAUCCCGCUUUGGAUGAGGAGGAGCAGCAUCAGCAGAGGGAAAGGAAUUCCCAGCAGCGAAGGGCCGCCGAGGAGAGGAAACCCCGAAAAUUCUGCGAUGGCGGCGGAGUAUUCUGCACCUUGUACAGAGCCAUCCAGGGCGACACUGGUGCAGCUGCCCCUGCCACGCCCACAGCAGAGCGACGCGAGGAGGUGGGUCCCAUCCGGUACGAGGGUCCACCCACUCCCUGUCCCGCCAAGGUGGAGUACGCCACUCCGGUCUUUGCCAAGAACUACCAGGGCGCCUGGCGAUACGUGGUGCAGAUUCCCUACGAGGGCUACUUCACCCAGACGGUGGAGGUGACGCGCUGCAUCCAGGCACGCUGUCACUACUUGGAUGGCGGUUGCCUGUCGUCACCACGCUGGGUGAGCCUGCUGGUGGCGGAGAUCUUCUAUCCUAAUGCAGAGGACACGGUGCCCACCAGUUCGACCACUACGCAAACCCCCUCUGUGCAGGAUUUCCAGGCCUACCAGCAGUAUCUGCAGAAGCGGGCUGGUGUGGCCACCGCCUCCGAUGGCACCUCCUCCGGAGCAUCUGCAUCGGCGGCUCCUGCAGACGCCCAUUGCGAUGGACACGACGAGCUGGGCUGCUUCCAGGUGCGUCUCUACUACGACUGGUUCCUCAUCCCCGGCUCCUGCAAGUGCUGGCGUCCGGAUUACUUUGCCAAGUACGUGCGCCGGAAGUCGGUGGCCGAUUUGUGAGCUCUGCCUG